GUUCUCCUCCAUUGUUUCGAGAUUUCUCUGAAACAAGGAAGUCAUUGGGAUGAGAAACCAGAGAUCUCGUCAAGUUUGUUAUCAGAUUUACAUUUCGGAUUUAUGAGCGAGCAAGAAGAUUUUUUUUAACAAGAUGGGCAAGCAGAAAAAAUCCUUUAUCGAUACUGAAAAUGAAGUGGCAGUUCAGCGUGCAUGUAAGUAUAUUGGCUCAUUUGCUAUAAACAUGAUGAAAGCCGAAGAAAGACAAAUAAUGAUGAAUGAAAGACUUGAAGAGUUAAAAAAUGUGAAAAAGGGUAUUCGUGUUGUGUUACAUGUUACAACAUUUGGAAUCAAAGUGUUUGAUGAGAAGGAAACUAAUGUCAAAAUGGCACAUGCUAUCAUGAGGGUGGCCUUCUCUACGUGUUGUCCAGAUACCAGAAUGUUUUCUUAUGUUGCUAAAAGCUUGAAAUCCUCCAAGAAUCCUUCUAUUCUCCAGGCACACGUGUUUAAAACAAAAAAAGCUGCACAUGCCCAGCAGUUAUCUGCAGUCAUGUCAAAAGCUUUUCGAAUUGCCUUCUCCAUGGCAACAGUAAAGAGAAAGAAUAAUCUGGAAGCGUUUGACGUUUCUGCCUCUGAGGCUCAACAAAUGGUUUCGCCAAUAGAAGUGAAGAGACGCUGGGCAAAAAAAGAAAUGGCAAAAGGGCAUGACUUGUCUGAACAUGCUGAGCGAGCAAGAACGAAAAAUCCUCUCGCACGGCUUCCUGGAAAGUCAGAGCCAAUCGACCAAGAAAUUUUUGCAAACCAGCCCGGACCACCUGUCCUGAGAGAACGCAAUGUGUCAAAUGCAGACUUUGAUAAUUCUCAAAUGCUUCAGAGAGGUCAGUUAAUGAGACCAUCGAAUGAAAUAGUGAAUGUGCAAGUCAAUAAUCAGGCCAAUCCAAAUUUGAUUCACCAGACUCAGGGCAUGCCUCCUACGCAGUUUUUGAGCCCUCAUAGCAGUCAUCAUUACCCUGGUCAUGCGCCAAAUGCAGUUCCAUCCGGGCAACAAUUUGUUUCUGGGUAUGGUCAAGGGAUGCCUCCACCAAACCAACAUCAGCAGCUUGCAAUGCCUCCAAACGCAGCACCAGGACAGCAAUGGAUCUCUGGCUAUGGUCAAGGAAUACCUGUAGCUGCACCAACUCAGCAACAGCAGCUUGCAAUGCCUCCAAACGCAGCACCAGGACAACAAUGGAUCUCUAGCUAUGGUCAAGGGAUGCCUGUAGCUGCACCAAACCAACAUCAGCAGAUUGGAAUGCGUCCGAACGUGGCAGCUGCCGAUCAAACCAAUAAUACAGUAGCACCUGGACAACAAUUGGUCUCUGGUUCAGGUCUAGGAAUGCCUUCAGCAGCACCGAACCAUACCCAGCAGCUUUCAGUGCCUAUAAAUGCGGUAUCUAUGAUGCAAAGCAUAGCUGUAACUGAAAAUCAAGGAGAACAGACCGAGAGAGUGAAUCAGGAUGCCCAAACUGAUGACGAUUCUCCAGCUGGCGAGGAGCUUUAUCAGAAUAUGAAUGUAUCAAAUAGCCAAGUGCAUCUUGCAAAUGAAAGAGAUGUCGAAGCACUGGAAGAUUUAUACGUGAAUAAAGAGAUAAUCAAUGAAUCUUUAUUAUCAAAUAAGAGCAAUGAUUCUACAUCAAAUGGAAGUACAGGCCAACCAGAACUGUUACAGCAAAACGCUUGUAUAGCCCUUCCUGAGCCAGACUAUGGACCAGUUGAAAAUGAUGAACCAAAAUGUGAUGUGAGCAUGAUGCAAAGUGAAGGAGCUAGCUGCCUUCAAAAUCCCAGCUCUGUCAACAAAGAGAAGGAAGAUGAGGACGAUAGGGAAGAUGUAUAUUUGACUAGAGAUAUUAUGAAGGAGCAGUACAGACAAUCAACAACAGAGAUGGAUCUGCUUAAGGACUCCUAUUGGUUUCAGCCUGGAUUACCAAGGGAAAUUGCGGAGGAGGUGCUAGCUCAAGAGAGGCCAGGCAGCUUUUUCAUCCGUGAAAGCACAAGUACUCCAGGCUGCUACGCAAUGUCACUAAGAGUGCCAGAUGGCAUUAAAGAAUCGGGUAUAGCGAAUAUUCUGAUACAAAACACCGCCACUGGAGAGUAUCAAAUCCCGGGAUUCAGGCAAUCCUUUUCAUCAAUACCGAUGCUAGUUGCCUUCUAUGCAUCAUUCCAAGACGAGCUGCCCGUUAAAUUGCUGCUAAGUUAUGAGAACAAGCUCAUUUUGGGUGAACAGGAUGCAGUUGAUGGAUGCACCAGCCCCGAAGAAGCAAUUGCUUUAAUCGACGCUGUGCUGCCUAGCGAUCCCGACUUCAUGAAAUAUGAUAGUUGUGAUGAAAUACAGCAAGAGCUAGAUAAUUUAUCAUCCGAUUAGACUGAUGUUAAUAAAUUAGAAGAUAUCGUGUAUAAAAUACAGUUCCUAACCUCGUUAGACUGCAGGUAAACAUAGUAUAUUCGAGUCAAUGAUUAUAUAUUUUAUUAGCGUCGUAAGCUCGUAUGAAUAGCGGUUAAAUACAGAUCACAAUGCAUGAGAUAAUUAGCACAAGUAGUGAUAAAUAAUGAUCUUUGGUGCAUUAUUAGCUGGAGAAAGGAGGUUCGAUUAAACUUCUUGAAAAACUUCACAACCCAUCUUCAGGCCCAUGAGAAAGGACAGGGGCAGAUUGCCAAGGCCCCGAGCUGUGAAGGGCCCCAAACAGUUAUAUCAUAGUCCCCAACAAUAAAAAACGACAACAACCACAGUUUGAAUGUCGUCAUUACCAUCCCUUUCCCCUUGUUGCCCCAAGCCGGGCCUGCUCAAUUUAAAUUGCCAAGAUCUUGAUAUUUAAUAUUUAGAGUAUGAAAUGAAAUUACACACUGAGGGGGUAUGUGUACAAAAAAUUAUCAGCAUCUUUACCGUGGGAACCAGAGCCUCAGAGGGCCAGAGAAUUAAGAACGGGGGAAGGAAUCGCAAAAGAGAAUUCCACGGAAUUCGUACCGUUUGACCUCUCAACCAAUCAUGUUCGAGGCAUUGCGUCAUAACUUCAGCAACAAGCUGUGCUUCGAACUGUGCAGUCAUUCUGAAAUACUUGAAAUAGUAUUACCUAUCAACGGUGGAAGCAGGCAGAGUUGUAGUGCCCCCUUGUAAAUGCCAAUUUCUACUUUCUGCUAUAAUUUUUGAGAAAUUUUUCGAGAAGGCCCUGCUGCAAUUUUCAUAGCAACACUUGUAUUUUCAUAGUUCCUGGGUGGAACUUUCCUUUUGGCUUUUUUUAAACGUGUUUCACCGGCCAUAUCCUCUUCUCGUAUUUCUUUCUUUUUUAAAUUUUCUUGCAAAAGAAAAAGCAUCAUAAAGUUGUUUAGCAUAAACAUGCCUUCUUUCCCCUUCCUCGGGCAUGUUUCAUUGCACGAAACGGAAAUGAAACGGAAGCCAAGUGGACAUUGAUGGACGGAAACUUUCCAAACCGUUUUCCAUUCAUACCGCGAAGUGGAAAUCCACUUUUACUGAUUUAAAGACAGGUGUAAACCUCCUUUAUCCUCUAUCAUUAGGUACCAGAAAGUACAAAAAAAAUCCUGUAUUAAUACUCGUUAACCUUAACCAUCAUUUUAAACUCGUGUUUAAAGGCAUUCUGUUUCGUUGUGGAUUGGUUAACGAGAACAAUAGCUGGAACAAUAGCCUAAACACGAUUCCAGCGCUCCGCCAUAUUUGUUACAAUGCGAUAAAUUAAAGGGGGACUGGAAACAAUGAAAAAUCCCUUUGUUCUUAUAAUCAAUCAACGUCGUGACAGAUUGCCUUUAAAAACAAACUAACAGAUUUGGUUAAACUAGAAUUACGCCAAUAGCGGUAUAUUAUGGUAACAACAUAGAAGAAUGUAAUUGUAUAAAAUAUAGAAAAUAUUUAACUCGCAUCAGAAGUCAAACAGUUUCUUAACAUGUUGAAUGCUUGCAAAGUAGAAUAAAUAAGAUAUAAUUAUCUAGUUAGCAAACUUCAGAAACCAUAAGGUAGAUGACACGUGUUUAUUGCAAUCACGUCUGUUAUGAUAUUUUCAAACAGAAAUCUUUCUUCUCGUAUCUUUGCCGACUGCCUCGUCUUUCCGCGGCUUCUCGUGUGCAAUCCAUAAUCAUUGAUGUCAAAUUGCAGAGAUGUCACGAUCUCCUUGGCGCCCUGUAGCCAGUUUUCCCGCGCGCAUGCUUCUACAGUGCAAAGUUCACUGGACAAUGUUCAGUCGUUUUGCCACCACCAAAAUUUUCUGGAUGUUCACACACUGAACAAGUGAGCAAUGUUCAGUGCAUGACC